CCUCACAAGUCACAGCACAGCCAUACAGAGAGAUCACACACACAGAGGCGAGCCAAGCAAGGAAACCAGCAGCUUAGGCUACUGCUUAGCUGCUGCUGCUGCUGCUUGGUGCUUGCUUUGGCCAGGCCUCAGCUUCUCUUGCGAGUCUCAGACUCAGAGCGAAGGAGCUUGGCUUCGCUAGUCAGCGGAUACUACCCGCUGCACCGUGCAAGAAAGCAAAGCAAGCAGCCAGUGAGCCAGCCGCGGCGGCGACCGACCGAUCGUCAAGCUCGCUCGAUCGCCUUGGCCGGCGGCCGGCCGUGCCACCGCAAGCCGCGACUGCGAGCGAUGGAGGAGCAGCUGGGCCCGGUGGCGGUGACGCACCUGCUGCAGCACACGCUCCGGAGCCUCUGCACCGCCGCCGGCGGCGACGGCCCGGCCCCGCAGUGGGUCUACGCCGUCUUCUGGCGCAUCCUGCCGCGGAACUACCCGCCCCCCAAAUGGGAUCUCCCUGGCGCGGCGUACGACAGGACCAGAGGGAACAGGAGGAACUGGAUCCUGGCAUGGGAGGACGGGUUCUGCAACUUCGCGGCGGCCAACAGCUCAGCCGCGUGCGGCCAAGAGGGGGCAGCGGCGGUUGCAUAUGCCGGGGACUGUGAGGCAGCAGCUGUGCAGCAGGAUGCGGUGAAGCAGCAGCAGCAGCACCACCAGCAGCAGCCGCAGCCGCAGGGCCUGCAGCCUGAGCUGUUCUUCAAGAUGUCCCAUGACAUCUACAACUACGGGGAAGGUCUGAUAGGGAAAGUGGCGGCAGACCACAGCCACAAGUGGGUGUUCAAGGAGCCCCAGGAGCACGAGAUCAACCUCAUCUCCUCCUGGACCAACCCUGCCGACUCUCAUCCGAGGACGUGGGAGGCGCAGUUCCAGUCCGGCAUCCAGACCAUCGCCCUGAUCGCUGUCAGGGAGGGCGUCGUGCAGCUCGGCUCCAUGAAAAAGGUGGCGGAGGACCUCAGCUACGUCGUCAUGCUCCGCCGCAAGUUCGGGUACCUGGAGAGCAUCCCGGGGGUGCUGCUCCCGCACCCGUCGUCGGCCGGCGUGUUCCCGGUUGGCCCGCCGCCGGACAUCGCCGCUGCGGCGUGGCCAGGCAUGAUGCCACCACCGCCUGGCGCCGGCGGGCCGCCGCUGGAGCUCUACGACCCCUACGGCGUCGGCGCCGCCGCCGGGCCAGCCGCCGCCGCUGCGGCGGCGUCCAUGCACAUCAUGCCGUCGAUGAGCAGCCUCGAGGCGCUGCUCUCCAAGCUGCCGUCGGUCGUGCCGGCCCCGCAGCCGCAGCCGGGACCGGCAGCCGGAUCGUCCGUGCCCCCGGCCAAGGAGGAGGAGGAAGGCGAUGGUUACGUGCAGUGCCAUGGCAUGGACGACGACGACGUGGCGGCGAGCAACGGCGCAGCAGCUGGGGACGAGAGCACGAGCGCCGCCGCCGCCGCUAGCGCGCCGAUGUCGUCCUACUUUGUCAACGUGGGCAGCAGCAGCAGUAAUCCCGGCGAUGGGUUUUAGCUCGACAUACGUAGUGGCGCCGAUGUACGUCUGGUGGCAUGGCGUGGCACAUGCAUGCAUGGUGGCAAUGUCGAUGGCGUGGUCGUUGUUGUGCUGGUCUUCUCUAGGGCGAAAUCAGUCACUCAUAUAUAUCAUUAAUUAGUUGUGUCAUCGCUAUAUGCUAAUGUACGUAGUUAACCCAAUGAUUUGGCAAUGUUGUCUUGAUGCAUGUCU